AUGCGCCCCGGGACGGCGCCCAGGCCGCCCGUGUUGCUGCGCUUGCUCCUGCUGGUGCUCCUGGCAGCGGCGCCUACGACAGGCAAGGGCUGUGUCUGCAAAGACAAAGGCCAGUGCUUCUGUGAUGGGAUCAAAGGGGAGAAGGGGGAGAAAGGCUUUCCUGGACCUGCUGGUUCUCCUGGCCAGAAGGGAUUCCCAGGUCCCGAAGGCUUGCCUGGACCACAGGGACCCAAGGGCUCGCCAGGACUCCCAGGAUUCACUGGUCCCAAAGGUGUGAGGGGAAUAACAGGAUUGCCGGGAUUUUCAGGUCCUCCUGGACUUCCAGGCACCCCGGGCCAUCCUGGGCCCUAUGGACCUGCCGGUGUCCCAGGAUGCAAUGGUUCUAAGGGUGAGCGAGGGUUUCCAGGCCUUCCAGGGACACCAGGGUACCCGGGGAUCCCGGGUGCUAUUGGUUUGAAAGGAGAAAAGGGUGCCCCUGCUGCAGAAGAUAUAGAACUUGAUGGAAGAGGUGACCCUGGGUUGCCAGGAGUUCCAGGAUUCCAGGGUUUGCCAGGCCUUCCAGGCUUUCCGGGACCUGUUGGUCCACCUGGCCCUCCAGGAUUCUUAGGCUUUCCAGGACCCAUGGGACCUCCAGGACCUAAGGGUCACAUGGGCGAUAAUGUGAUAGGACAAAAAGGAGAGCAGGGUGUAAAAGGAUUAACAGGACCCCCUGGACCACCAGGAACGGUAAUUGUGACACUAACCGGCCCGGAUAACAGAACGGACCUCAAAGGGGAGAAGGGAGACAAGGGAGCCAUGGGGAAAUCUGGACCUCCUGGACCCUCAGGACCGCCUGGAGAAUCUUAUGGAUCUCAAAAGGGUGCUCCUGGAGAACCUGGCCCGCAGGGAAAACCCGGCAAAGAUGGUGCCCCUGGUUUCCCUGGCACUGAGGGAGCCAAAGGCAACAGGGGCCUCCCUGGGUUACAGGGUGAAGAUGGCAUUAAGGGGUGGAAAGGGGACAUUGGCCCUCCAGGAUUUCGUGGUCCAACAGAAUAUUAUGAUGUAUACCAGGAAAAGGGAGAUGAAGGACUUCCUGGCCCACCAGGCCCUAAAGGAGCUCGUGGCCCACAAGGUCCCCGUGGCUCUCCUGGGGUUCCUGGAAUUGCUGGGUCAUCAAGGCCUGGCCUCAGAGGAGCCCCUGGACCUCCAGGCGUGAAAGGAAGUAAAGGGGAACGAGGGCCCCCAGGAAAGAAUGCAGUGGGGCCUCCUGGGUCCCCGGGUUGUCCUGGUUCGCCAGGCCCUAUAGGGUUGCCGGGAUAUCCAGGACCACCAGGUGACAUCGUUUUUCGCAAAGGUCCACCUGGAGGUGGUGGAUUCCCAGGCCUUAUAGGGUUUCCAGGAAUCCCAGGAGCUGAUGGUCCCAAAGGGGAACCUGGCCUCUUGUGCAUAAAAUGUCCUUAUAUCCCAGGGCCUCCGGGCCUCCCAGGACUGCCAGGAUUGGACGGCAUAAAAGGAAUCCCAGGAGGCCAAGGGGCAGCUGGCAUUAAAGGAAGCCCAGGGUCCCCGGGAAGUGCGGGUCUUCCAGGAUCUCCAGGAUUCCCGGGCGCUCCGGGGAAUCCAGGACUUAAAGGAGAAAAAGGUGAAGCAUCGAAGCCUGAGGGAGAAGUGGGUGCCCCAGGGGACCCUGGGCUCAGAGGACAUCCUGGAAGAAGGGGCUUGGACGGAAUUCCUGGAACUCCUGGGAUCAAAGGAUCACCAGGACCCAAAGGUGAACCGGCCCUGAGUGGUGAGAAGGGAGAUCGAGGUCCUCUGGGGGAUCCUGGCAUCCCUGGGUCCCCAGGACCUGCAGGACCACCUGGACCAGCAAACUAUGGACCACGGGGAGAACCUGGUCCAAAGGGCACCCAAGGAGUUCCUGGAGCCCCUGGACCACCUGGAGAAGCCGGUCCUAAGGGAGAAUUCGGUAUUUCGACACCAGUCCCAGGGCCACCAGGACCUCCAGGGCCCCCUGGCCGUGCUGGCCCCCAAGGUCCACCUGGUAUCCCUGGAUCCAGAGGAAAAUGUGAUCCGGGUCUUCCUGGGCCUGAUGGUGAACCAGGAAUUCCAGGAAUCGGCUUCCCUGGGCCCCCUGGACCUAAGGGAGAGCAAGGUUUUCCUGGAGCAAAAGGAGCACCGGGUUGUCCAGGAGAAAUGGGAAAGCCCGGGCCACCCGGAGAACCAGGUCUCCCAGGAGCCAAGGGAGAACCAGGACUAGCCAUGCCUGGACAACCAGGAACACCAGGUUUUCCAGGAGAAAGAGGCAUUUCUGGGGAAAAUGGAGAAAUUGGAUUCCCUGGACCUCCAGGUCUCCCUGGAAUUCCAGGAACUGGAGGGGUUGGUGGACCCCAAGGGGAUCCAGGGAAGCCCGGACCACCUGGAGAAAAAGGACCGCCAGGAAGGUGCACAGAAGGUCCCAGGGGAGCCCAGGGACUUCCAGGAUUAAAUGGAUUGGAAGGGCAACCGGGCAGAAGAGGUGAAACAGGGCCAAAGGGAGACCCAGGUAUUCCAGGCUUGGAUAGGUCAGGCUUUCCUGGAGAACCUGGACCACCAGGAAUGCCAGGUCAUCGAGGUGCAAUGGGACCACCUGGUCAAAAAGGAUAUCCAGGAAAUCCAGGAUUUUUAGGACCACCAGGUGAGAAAGGAAUGAUGGGGAUGGUGGGCUAUCCAGGAGAUGCUGGCCCUCCUGGGCCCCCUGGGAACCCAGGCACCCCAGGACAGAGGGGUAGCUUUGGAAUUCCAGGAGCAAAGGGUGAGAAAGGGCCCCCAGGAACCAAGGGGGAAGAAGGAGAUAAAGGACCUCGGGGACCUUCUCAGAUAUCCACUUUGCUGGGGGACAAAGGAGAACCAGGCCUCAAAGGGUUUGCCGGAAAGCCUGGUGAAAAAGGAAACAGAGGCAUUCCAGGGUUACCGGGUUUAAAAGGACCGGAAGGACCACCUGGACCACCAGGUCCACCAGGCCCCAGAGGGGAUUCAGGCAGCGUCGGGAAUCCUGGACAACCAGGACCGCGUGGUGGGCCAGGAAGCAUGGGGAACAUGGGGGUGCCAGGUCCUAAAGGACACAGGGGAGCUUUGGGACUACCAGGUUUAACCGGAAGACCGGGUCUCCCGGGUGUUCCCGGUCUCCAAGGAGAUAAGGGAGAGCCAGGUUAUUCGGCAGGUACAAGGCCAGGACCACCGGGACCAAAGGGAGAUCCAGGAUUGCCAGGUGACAUGGGAAGGAAAGGAGAAAGAGGGCUACCUGGCGCCCCUGGACAUUCGGGGCCUGCUGGAACUGAGGGAGCCCCUGGAAAUCCCGGGAGUCCUGGCCACCCAGGAAAGCCAGGCCCUGAUGGUGAUUUGGGGUUAAAAGGCAUCAAAGGCUUCCCUGGUUUUCCAGGAGUCAAAGGCCCUCCAGGACCUCCAGGAUACCCAGGACCUCCUGGACCAAUGGGUAUGAGAGGCAGCCAGGGACGUGAUGGAAUUCCUGGUCCAGCUGGAGAAAAGGGAGAAACAGGUUUGCUGGGGGCACCUCCAGGCCCAAGAGGGAGCCCCGGUGUUCCAGGAGCCAAAGGAGACAGGGGUGCCCCGGGCUUACCCGGCCUCCCGGGCAGGAAAGGGGCAGUGGGAGACACCGGCCCACGGGGACCCACUGGCAUAAUGGGACUCCCAGGGCCACCAGGUCUUCCUGGCGCAAUCAUCCCUGGCCAGAAAGGAAAUCGAGGCCCACCUGGCUUCAGAGGAAACCCAGGUGAGCCCGGUCCUCCGGGACCUCCAGGGAGCCACGUAAGAGGCAUCAAAGGAGACAAGGGACUCAUGGGCGAGCCUGGCCCCAGGGGUCUGCCUGGAACUAUAGGAGCUGAAGGGCCACCGGGUCCACCGGGAGCACCAGGAAGCCCAGGUCUGCCAGGGCUCAGAGGUGAUCCUGGAUUCCAUGGAUUUCCAGGUGUGAAAGGGGAGAAGGGCAAUCCGGGAUUUCUGGGACAAGCUGGACCUCCAGGGCAAAUUGGGCCCAAAGGACCACCCGGUGCACGUGGAGACCCUGGCACGGUUAAGAUCAUCUCCCUUCCAGGAAGCCCAGGACCACCUGGCCGUGCUGGAGGACCAGGGAUGCAAGGAGAACCCGGGCCACCGGGGCCACCGGGAAUCCUAGGACCCUGUGGGCCGAGAGGUAAGCCAGGCAAGGAUGGAAGACCAGGAACUCCUGGGCCAAUUGGAGAAAAAGGCAACAAAGGUUGUAAAGGAGAGAAAGGACCACCUGGAUCCGAUGGACUGCCAGGCUUGAAGGGGAAACCUGGACACAUUGGACCUCCUGCAACUGGGCCAAUGAGGAGAGGCUUCGUCUUCACCAGGCACAGUCAGACGACAGCGAUUCCCUCCUGUCCAGAAGGAACAGAGCCGCUCUAUAGUGGAUUUUCUCUUCUUUUUGUACAAGGAAAUGAACAAGCCCAUGGACAAGACCUGGGAACUCUCGGCAGCUGUCUGCAGCGAUUUACCACAAUGCCAUUCUUGUUCUGUAACAUCAAUGAUGUAUGUAAUUUUGCAUCUCGAAAUGAUUAUUCAUACUGGCUGUCAACACCAGCUCCGAUGCCAAUGGACAUGGCUCCAACUACUGGCAGGGCCCUGGAGCCUUAUAUUAGCAGAUGCACUGUCUGUGAAGGUCCUACAAAUGCCAUAGCCAUUCACAGCCAAACCACCGCCAUUCCCUCCUGUCCCAAUGGCUGGAUUUCUCUCUGGAAAGGAUUUUCGUUUAUCAUGUUCACAAGUGCAGGUUCUGAGGGUGCUGGGCAAGCUCUGGCCUCCCCUGGCUCCUGCCUGGAAGAAUUCCGAGCCAGUCCAUUCAUAGAGUGCCAUGGAAGAGGAACGUGCAACUACUAUUCAAAUUCCUACAGUUUCUGGUUGGCUUCAUUAAACCCCCAAAGAAUGUUCAGAAAACCUAUUCCGUCAACUGUGAAAGCUGGGGAGUUAGAAAAGAUAAUAAGUCGCUGUCGGGUGUGCAUGAAGAGAAGACAAUGAAGAAAUCAAAAGAAAACAGAACUGUUCUUUUUCAUCCUAAAUAACCAAGUAAUGAUGCAGAAUAUGCAUUUAUUUUGGUAUUUUUCUCUAACCAAA